AUGAAACCAGACCAGACAGGACUAUACCGCUGUUCCUACAAGAGUGGAGAGCACUGGUCCCUGUUCAGUGACCCCCUGCGUGUGGUGAUGACAGGAACUUUUGACAAACCCUCACUCUCAAGCAUGAGUGGCACGGUGGUGGCUUCAGGAGACAACGUGAAGUUACAGUGUUUCUCCAGAAUCAGAUUUCAAGCAUUUAUUCUCACCAAAGAAGACGCACCUCAGUUCACCCAGAGACAAAGCUCCACAACCCAGGACAAUGGAGUUCAGACCACCUUCCACAUGGACCAUGUCACCUCCACACAGGCAGGGACCUACAGAUGCUACGGUGCCUUCAGCAAAGACCCGUAUGUGUGGUCUCACCCCAGCGACCCACUGCAGCUUGUGGUCAGAGGAUCUUAUGACAAACCCUCACUCUCGAGCAUGAGUGGCACAGUGGUGGCUCCAGGAGACAAUGUGACGUUACAGUGUUUCUCCAGAAUCAAGUUUUAUUCAUUUAUUCUCACCAAAGAAGAUGCACCUCAGUUCACCCAGAGACAAAGCUCCACAGCCCAGGACAAUGGACAGCAGACCACCUUCCACAUGGACCAUGUCACCUCCACACAGGCAGGGACCUACAGAUGCUACGGUGCCUUCAACAAAGACCCCUAUGUGUGGUCUCACCCCAGUGACCCAUUUCAGCUUGUGGUCAGAGGACCUGCUGGUUGGAGUGUGUCCCCCCAGAACCAAGUCCGGCUGAGCCUGGCUGGCCUGGUUCUCUUGGUCCUGGUGGUCCUGGUGGCGGAGGCCUGCUACAGCCACAAGAGGUCCUUCUAUGGACUCAGAUCAGAUCCUUACCUGAGCAUCAUGACAAACACCGAGGAUACUCGUGGCUUCUAAGGACAGUGUUGACCUGAGGGGCGGGUGACCGGAGGAAACCAGGUGCUGGCUGUGUUGUCUACCAGAUGAUGGGGUGUGUCCGUCUCCUGCAGAAUCGGUCACAAUGUCCCAACAUCACAGUGAAUUAAUGCAGUACUAAUAGGUCUCUUGGAGGUCAGAAGAGAAAAUGCCUAAAAUGUGUCCACUGGCCUGCAUGGCUUUUGUUAUAACUUAUCUUUUAUUGUUGGAAAUAUUACAGA